UUUCUGCACCGACACGUCCUGCUAGAUGAAGAGAUUACAUUUCUCCUGUAAGGCUCACCAUCUCACAUCACACGGGACGAGGGUUGAAAAAAAACGUCGAGAAGGUUCACUAUUAGAAGCAGAAACCGGAUUAUGCAUAUGGUUAAUCCGGGGAUUAUUUAUUUGCCAUCUUUCCUCUAUUCCGUAGAAAACAGCGACGCAGCCGUAUCGCUCCGCCCUCAGCUGCUGCAGUUCCUCCUCAGUCGCUCCGGAAUACACCUUUGCACGGGACAGCCUGCAAAAUAAAGUCACUGGAAACCCGUUGUCUUCAUCGCGAAAGCAGAGCUCGUAUUGGACUUUAGCAAGGUUUAGUAUUGCGCCUCAAAAUGGAUUAAUGAUCAGAUCCGGACUGCACGCCGCUUCCACAGUAGCGCUACAAUGUAUCCGACGUUACGGACGUUUUUACUAUCAAAUGCCCGGUGCUGGGAUGCCGACAGUAAGAGGUCAUACCAGGACCUGUUCGAGAGGCUUGAUACCAAUAAAGAUGGGAAGGUGGACGUGGCUGAAUUACGAGCGGGCCUCAAGGCGAUGGGCAUAUUCCGACUGGGUGCUGCACAGAAAAUCGUGUCGUCUGGUGACCAAAACAAAGACGGGUGCCUCGACUUCAACGAGUUCUCCAAAUAUCUGAAAGAUCACGAGAAGAAGCUGCGCCUGACAUUCAAGAGUCUGGACCGAAAUAACGAUGGGCGCAUUGAUGCUUCAGAGAUCCAGCAGUCCCUUGCAGAGCUGGGCAUGGACGUCAGCAGAGAGAAUGCCCUAAAAAUACUACAGAGCAUGGACAUUGAUGGGACCAUGGUGGUGGACUGGAACGAGUGGAGAGAACACUUCCUGUUACACCCGGCACAGAACCUGGAAGAGAUCAUGCGCUACUGGAAACACUCCACGGUGCUGGACAUAGGUGACAGUCUUGCCAUCCCAGAUGAAUUCACAGAGGAGGAGAAGAGCUCAGGCGGCUGGUGGAAGCAGCUUGUUGCAGGCGCAGUGGCAGGGGCCGUCUCUCGUACGGGCACUGCCCCUCUGGACAGAAUGAAAGUCUUUAUGCAGGUUCAUUCUUCUAAGACCAACCGGAUAAGUCUGAUUGGCGGCUUCAAGCAGAUGAUCCUAGAGGGAGGUAUAACUUCACUGUGGAGGGGGAAUGGGAUCAACGUUUUAAAGAUCGCGCCCGAGACGGCAAUCAAGUUCAUGUCAUACGAGCAAUAUAAGAAGUUAUUAUCAUCAGAGGGCAAGAAGAUUGAGACACACAAGAGGUUUAUGGCUGGCUCUUUGGCUGGGGCCACAGCACAGACAGCCAUCUACCCAAUGGAGGUGUUGAAAACUAGACUGACCCUGAGGAAAACUGGCCAGUAUUCAGGAAUGUUUGAUUGCGCCAAGAAGAUCCUGAGGAAAGAAGGUGUCAUGGCUUUCUAUAAGGGCUACAUUCCAAACUUAGUGGGCAUCAUUCCCUACGCUGGGAUAGACCUCGCUGUUUAUGAGAGUCUGAAGAAUGCCUGGUUGUCGUACCACGCCAAAGACUCGGCUAACCCUGGAGUUCUGGUGUUGGUGGCCUGCGGGACCAUGUCUAGUACCUGUGGCCAACUGGCCAGCUAUCCGCUCGCUCUUGUGCGCACACGGAUGCAGGCACAAGCGUCUAUGGAUGCGUCAGACCAGUCCUCCAUGAGUAGUCUGAUAAAGAAGAUCCUAGCCAAAGAGGGCUUUUUCGGACUCUACCGGGGCAUCCUGCCAAAUUUCAUGAAAGUCAUUCCGGCUGUCAGCAUUAGCUACGUGGUUUACGAGUACAUGAAAACUGGCUUAGGAAUCAAAUGAUGCUGCAAGUGAAUGAAAAGAGAACUUGUACUGACUUGAAAAUGCCUGAAAUUACUCCAAAACAGACAUCAAGCAUACAGAGCAUGACUUCCACCAGCACAGGAGUUCAGUGGAUGGGAAGCUGUAUGUGUCCCACUAAGAGAUGUCUGUCAGUAGCUAAAGCAUUUAUCAGUUGUGGUCCGCAUGCUUUAAUUCUUAUCCUCUUCUCCUUAGUCCUUAAUUUACACACCGUUCCAAACAAUAUUUGACAAGAUACUACUGUACAUAAAGAGUAGAAAAUAUAAUGGGUUGUUAAAAAUCACCUUAGGGCACUCUUUUAAAACUGUGAUCAAGCCAGAAUGGUAGCUCAGUGGGUGCUUUUUGGUAACAAAGGAAAUAUUUUCCCUAGACAGGUGGAGCUUAUGGUUAAGAGUUAAUUGUCUUACUUUAACUAAGAAUGAGGACAAUUGACACUGUGCCAAUUUAGGUGCUAAAGUCCACACUUUUUUUGAGGUAAUUUAACACUGUUUCAAGUAGUAAACACUUACCCCAGAGUGACAUCAGUUUCAGACAUCAGCUGUCAGCUAAAAAUAACUGGCCCUGAAACAUCAAUAACUCAUCAACACUGGAUCUUGUGCAAUGUGAAAAUCACUAAUUCCACCUUCUGAGUGUUAUUUUCAUCCUUUCCAUGUGCCUUACAGCCACUCCAUGUGAACUUUCUGACAUCUGCAAAUGUGCUUUUUUUACUAUAUAUACAGUGUAUUUAUAUACUGUAUAUAUUUGUUUUCAGCUACGGUUAUUUAUGGGGUUUUGGAUGAUGGUUACUAAAUGGUAACACACUGUAAGAAAACAGUAAUAACUGGUCAUUGGACUGAAAUUGCAAGGAGCAUGUUUA